AUGUAUUUUAUUAGCGACGAAUCUAUGUUGAACCAUUAUUGCCCUUGGGACACCUAUCAUAUUGAGGUACCAGAAAGACUGUCUACCAUCUUGGAAGUGACCAAGAACCCCGAAUUAUCCAAGAGCAUUCGCAAUCUGCAGCUUCGUUCUGCAACUGAGGAAGACUUAGAGAUGGUUCAUACGAAGAAGUACAUCUCAGACAUAAAACGGACCAAAGACAUGACUAAAGAGGAGCAAGAGGAAUUCUGUUCAAACUUUGAAGAUAUUUAUGUGAAUCGGCAAACCUUUGACAUUGCCUUAUUAGCAGCUGGAUGCGCAUUUCAGCUAGUCGACGCUGUCAGCGAAACUGGUACUCCAGGCUUUGCUGCCAUUCGGCCACCUGGUCACCAUGCUUUUCCUGAUCGAGGCUGCGGCUUUUGCAUUUUUAACAAUGUUGCCCUUGCUGCAAAAUAUGUGAGUACGAUUCUAAUAGUUCGUAAAGAAUAG